UGUCAUCGUAAUGGAAAUUCAUUGCUGUAGCUAUGGUAAAUCGAGUUUUCUGCCUGUGCUGAAUGCAUUAGUCUAAUGAGAUGUUUGCAGCUGGAGAGCUGAGCUGCUGGAGACGUACAGUGCGCUAGCGGACAGGCAGAAGAUGGCUUUUGCUGGGGUCUGUGUGCAUGUGCCGAAAGUCACCUGCCCUUGGGGUCCCAAUGCCCGGGCUCUCUAAAGACACUGCUCAGUGUUGUAACGUAAGCAAUAGGUGUUUUAAAGAUAACUUUGAGAAAGGACAAAACACCUGGAUGAAAUGCGUGUGCGACGCCUGCUAGCCCUGCCGGUUCCUCCCUAACUUCCCAAGCCACCACCACCUCCCUCCGCCGGCUGCAGCCCGCGACUCGUCUGAAGAGGGUGAAGUCCGGCUUGCUUCACACCUGCACAGAUGAGUCACUUGUCAUCCCUGCCGCCGAGGCUGGACCCCGUUGACAUGCAGUCUCCCAGAAUACCAGGGAGGAAACGAGGACGGCCCCCGCUCCAGCCUGCUCCCAUGAAAAUGGCUGUUCACAACCUUUACUCAGCGCCAGCUGGCUCUUUGCCAGGAGUGAAGAUCCCAAAGAAGAGAGGGAGAAAGCCCGGGUACAAGCUGAAGUCUCGUGUGCUGAUGACGCCGUUAGCAAUCUCUCCUCCGAGAAGCACACCGGAGCCUGAUAUUAGUUCAAUCCCUCAGGACGCAGCGACGAUACCCACUUCAGCUGCCCCACAAGCUCUCACAGUCUGCAUUUAUGUCAACAAAGAGGCUAACUUGGGGCCGUACCUUGACAGAAAAAAGGUGCAGCAACUCCCAGAGCACUUUGGGCCCGAGAGACCUUCAGUGGUCCUGCAGCAGGCUGUCCAGGCUUGCAUCGACUGCGCGCUCCAGCAAAAGGCUGUCUUCUCCCUCAUCAAGCAGGGCUACGGGGGCGAGAUGGUGUCAGUUUCAGCUUCCUUUGAGGGGAAGCAGCAUCUCCUGAACCUGCUGGUGGUGAACAGCAUUGGAUAUGUCCUGCGCUUCCUGAAGAAGCUCUGCCGCAGCCUCUUGUGCGACAAUCUCUUCAGCAACCAGCCUUUCCAGCAGUAUAGCACCAUGCCGGAAAGCCCAGAGGUGUAUGAAAACAGACGGAUGGAGGCAGAAACAGUCACACCUGAGGAUUACCUGGCUGAUCCCACGAACAUGAAACGCUACAGCAUGGAUCCUGCUGACUCGGCCUGCAGCUGCGUGGGCUCCGUGUACAGCAUGCGGCCAAGCCCUGCAGACGGGCGUCUUGCCGGGGGCUCUUCGUCCGCCUGCAGCCAUCGUCCUGCCCAGAUGUCUUCAGGAGGAUCGUCCUCUACAGGCCUGCGGCAUCCAACCUCCAGCCCAACUAGGAAUGGGACCUAUCCUGAAGGAAACAGAAGUGCCUCAAGUCCUUCACCUGAAAGACAAGAAACGGCUCGGCCAUCAAGCAAGAAUCCUUUGACCUGGACUGUGGAUGACGUGGUUUGGUUCGUGAAGGAUGCAGACCCUCAUGCUUUAGGUCCCCACGUGGAGCUCUUCAGAAAGCAUGAGAUUGAUGGCAAUGCUUUGUUGCUGCUGAAAAGUGACAUGAUCAUGAAAUACCUGGGCUUGAAACUGGGACCAGCGUUGAAACUUUGUUACCACAUCGAUAAACUCAAGCAAGCCAAGUUCUAACAAGUUCUCCAACAACAGCAAAACCUGACCUAAAUCUAGACAGCAAA